AUGUCGAUUGCUGAUACACUGGAACUGAUGAAAAUUGAGUUUGAAAAAGAGAUUUACAAUUACUUUACAAAUAAUCUCUUGUGGAAUUUAUUUUUGACAUCUACUGGCAUUGUCUAUAUCCUCUUCAUUUCUAUCCCUUUACAAGCAGUUUAUAAAUGGUAUCGACAAAAAAGCAGCGAUAGCGAUUCUCCAAUUCCGUACUUUGCCACAUACGUUGGAUCAGCCUUAUGGCUUCGCUACUCGAUGUAUACAGCAAAUUCGAAAGCAGUUCUUUUGCAGGCUUUUUCAGUUUUCAUGCAGAUAUUUUUUAUUAUAGCAAUGUUGUUCUACAGAACCAGAAAAAAUAAAUUGCUCCAGCUAUUAUGUUUAAUUACGAUAGUACUUGCAACGAUAUUUGUUUGGGCGCAAAUGUUACGAGUAGAAGAUGGUAGAGCAUUUAUUGGUAGUGUGGCAUCUUGUUCUCAGACUAUCGGAUCAUCAGCUUAUCUCUUUCUAAUUUAUCAAGCAGUGAAAAGGAAAGUAAUGGAUUUUAUACCGUUUGGAUCGGUAGUACUUGCAUGGGUUCUGGAAAUACACAUUGUCAUCUAUAGUAUUGGGGUCAGGGACUUCCAUCUGCUGAUAGCGAAUGGAGCAUUCAUGGUAUUGAAUGGUUUGCUUCUGUUAAUGUUUUUCAUAUAUCCUACUAAAGCGCCCAAAACAAAACCAAGUAAUCUCUCAUCAACACCUACAUAA